GGACCAACCUGCCGGUGUGUGCGAGCUGUGGGCAGGGCAUCUACGAUGGGCAGUACCUGCAGGCGCUGAAGGCAGACUGGCACUCGGACUGCUUCAGGUGGGACCCGCCGGGGGACAGCGGGGCACCGGGAGGGGUGGCAGCGGGACCGCCGGGAUGGGUGGACCCAGACUGCAUCAGCCCUGACAUGAAGAACUCCAUCCACGUGGGCGACCGCAUCCUGGAGAUCAAUGGCACCCCCAUCGGCCACGUCCCCCUGGACGAGAUCGACCUGCUGAUCCAGGAGACCAGCCGCCUGCUCCAGCUGACCAUCGAGCACGACCCCCACGAGCCCCUUGCCCGGGAGCCGGGGCUGGCCGGGAGCCCCCUGCCCGCCCCGUGCAGCCCCCUGCGCUCCCCGGCCCCCCCGGAGCCCGCGGCCAUGCGCCAGCGCGCUGUCACGAGGAGCUGCAGCACGGACAAGUCCCCGGGCUCGGGCUCCGUGGGCUCCCCCGCGUCCCAGCGCAAGGACAUCGGGCGCUCCGAGUCCCUGCGCGUCGUGUCCCGCGCCCACCGCAUCUUCCGCCCCUCCGACCUCAUCCACGGGGAGGUGCUGGGCAAGGGCUGCUUCGGCCAGGCCAUCAAGGUGACGCAUCGGGAGACGGGCGAGGUGAUGGUCAUGAAGGAGCUGAUCCGCUUCGACGAGGAGACACAGAGGACCUUCCUCAAAGAGGUGAAGGUGAUGCGCUGCCUGGAGCACCCCAACGUGCUCAAGUUCAUCGGGGUGCUGUACAAGGAGAAGAGGCUCAACUUCAUCACGGAGUACAUCAAGGGGGGCACCUUGAGGGGCCUCAUCAAGAGCAUGGACAGCCACUACCCCUGGAGCCAGCGGGUCAGCUUCGCCAAGGACAUCGCCGCCGGCAUG